UGGCCAGUGGCCCUACAUCACUCUCUCACUGACAUGGAUGUACCCUGGCCCCUGGGAUGGAUUCUGCUGCUCUUGAGAAUCCCCCUCGCCCAUGCUGAACCAUUGUACAUCCUGGUGGCCCCCCGAGUCCUGCGGGUCGGCACCCCCGAGAACAUCCACGUGCAGGCUCACUCGGACUCCAGGCAGCCCCUCACUGGGACGCUCGAAGUGAACCUCACUGUGUGGGACUUUCCCAUGAAGAGGACAAUGUUGACUAGAAGCCAGCUCCUUCUCUCACCAGAAAACCAUUUUAUGAAGCAGGCAUCCGUGAUGAUCCCCGAGACCCUGGUGUACCCCGCACAACCGGGGCAGCAAUAUGUCACCAUCAAGGCAACCUGGGCACCCACCUCCGUCUCCUCGUUCAUGGAGAAGGUGGUGCUGGUGGCUCCCCAUGCUGGCUACAUCUUCAUCCAGACAGACAAGACCAUCUACACCCCUGAGCACUUGGUUCAAUACAGGAUAUUCACUGUGAACCACAAGAUGGAUCCUGUGACCAGGACAUUCACUCUGGACAUCAAGAACCCUGAAGGGAUCACUGUGAUCAGCCAGGAUCUGCUGGCCGAAGGAGGUUUCUUCAUGAGCUCCUUCUAUCUCCCAGAGCUCAUCAGUUUUGGCACCUGGAGCAUUGAAGCCAGUUACCAAAGUGCAGCCAAGCAGAAGUUCAAGGCAGCCUUUGAUGUAAAGGAGUAUGUGCUCCCAUCUUUUGAAGUCCGCCUAAUCCCAAAUAAGACCUUCUUCUACCUCAGCGAUGAAGCCAUGGGUGUGAACAUCAAGGCCUCGUAUAUAUUCAACAAGCCUGUGGAUGGACAUGCCCUGGCCAUCUUCGGGGUGAAACUGGAUUCCCGCCGGAUCCCCAUUCAAAGCUCCCUGCAGAGGGUGGAGAUAUCAAAAGGCCAGGGUCACGUCUCCCUCCAAAAGGACACACUGAUGGCCGCAUUCCAAGGCCCAGAAGAAGACUUCAUUGGGGCCUCAAUCUUUGUCAACGUCACCGUGUUCUCCUCAGGGGGUGAGAUGGUCCAGGCCGAAACCUCAGGGGUGAAGAUCGUCCGGAGCCCAUACAACAUCAAGUUCAUCAAGACACCCCAGUAUUUCAAGCCGGGGAUGCCCUUCCAUUUUAGGGUCUUCGUCUCAAAUCCUGAUGGGUCCCCAGCCUACAAAGUCCUCAUCCGCUGCCAAACCCACAAAGCCUAUACCUCGGUCGAUGGAGUGGCCGCUCUGACCAUAAACACAGAUGCAGAUCUGGAGCAGCUCCCUAUACUGGUGGAAACUGAUGAAGCUCUCCGACCAGAGGAGCAGGCAUCAGCCAGGAUGACAGCUUGGCCUUACUCAACUCAGAAUGGGUCAGGGAACUUCCUGCACAUCGAUGUGAAGACAUUAGGCACAGAAAUUAACAGAAACGUCCAGCUGAGCCUCAAUACAAGGCAUCAGAACCCUGAAGCCAAGGAGCAAAUCACUUACUUCACCAUCCUGGUCCUGAGUAAGGGUCAGAUCGUGUCUGCCAAACAUCAGUUAAAAAGUCAUGGGAGUGUCUACACAUCAGCCAUUAUUGAUGUGACUUCAGAGAUGCUGCCUUCCUUCCGCAUCCUGGCCUUUUAUUUACUGCCCCGGGGAACAGGCCAAGACCCUGAACUGGUGGCUGAUUCUAUAUGGAUCGAUGUGAAUGACAGAUGCAUGGGAACGCUGAAAGUUGGCUUAAAGAAUAAAGACCUCUUUGAUUCUUUGGAGCCCAACAGCCAGGUGGAAAUACAGGUGACAGGUGAUGCAGAGGCCACAGUGGGGCUGGUGGCAGUGGACAAGGCUGUCUAUGUCUUGAACAGCAAACACAAGCUCACACAGAAGAAGAUCUGGGAUGUGGUGGAGGAGCAUGACAUUGGCUGCACAGCAGGCAGUGGAAAAGACAGACUUGCUGUGUUCAAGGACGCUGGACUAGACCUGAAAAUGAGCACAGGGAUGGACACCCUGGCAAGCUCAGACUGGCGCUGCCCCCAGAGCCCACCUCCCAGCCGCCGCCGCCGCUCCCUAAAGAGACUGGAGACCAAGAGGAACGCAGUGAACAAGUUCAAGACAGAGCAGGAGCGAAAGUGCUGUGAGGCUGGGCUCCGGGAGAGCCCAAUAGGGCUGUCCUGUGACGAGAGGACCCGGCACGUCCGCCAUGGACCAACCUGUGUAGCUGCUUUCCUGAGCUGCUGCCAGCUGUCUGAAGCCCUGACUCGGGAGGCCAGGGAGGAGCAGCUGAUUCUGGGAACAAUGGAUGAAGACGACGACUUUGAAGACAUCUUCCUGGAGGAUCUGCCUAUCCGGACCUUGUUCCCUGAAAGUUGGCUCUGGAGGAAAUUUACUCUCCCAAAAAGUGACUCAGGGAGCAUCUCCCACUACAACAUUCUUGCGAACGUGCCAGAUUCCAUGACCACGUGGCAGUUUGUGGCUGUCAGCCUCAAGGCUGGACAAGGUCUCUGCGUCUCGGAUCCCUUUGAGCUGGUGGUUAGGAAAUUGUUCUUUGUGGAUAUUAAGCUGCCCUUCUCCGUGCUCAGGAACGAGCAAGUGCAGAUCCAAGCCGUGCUGUACAAUUUCGGGAACCGCCAGGUCAAGGUCCGCGUGGAGUUCCCUCAUAAGGAUCCGCUGUGCAGUGCAUCAAAGCCAGGAGCCCCCUCCCGCCAGAUGGUGGUCGUGCCCCCCAACUCCUCCAAGAUGGUGCCCUUUGUGCUUCUCCCACUCGAGACAGGCAAAGUGGAUGUGGAGGUCAAGGUUGUGGGCUAUGGAGUCCAGGAUCACGUAAAGAAGACACUCUCAGUCCAGGAAGCGGGGCAGCUAGAACAAAUAUCCUAUAGCAUCCUCUUGAACCCCCAAGGUCAGACCCAGGUGGAGCUGUUGCAAAGAUGGGACUUUUUGAACAAGAUACCCAAUACAGAGGCAGAAGUGUUUGUCAGCGUCCAAGGUGACAUCCUUGGUGAGACAAUCCUGGGCAGCCUGACACCCAGAGAAAAGCACGAGCUGCUGAGAAUCCCGACUGGCUGCCCCGAGCAGACGCUGAGCAGCCUGACACCCGUGAUCAUCCUGACCCGCUAUUUGGACACCACGGGCCAGUGGGGCAAGGUUGGGGUGGAGCACAGGGACCAGGUGAUGAAGAACAUUGUCAGCGGAUACACCCAGAUGCUGACCCACCGGAGCGCAGACGGCACCUACCACGUCCACAAGGGAAACCCCGGAAGCACCUGGCUUACGAGCUACGUGUUCCGAGUUUUCUCUAUGGCCUACCUCACCAUGACCAUCAGUGUGAUCGACCUGUACUCUCUCUGUGCUGUUGCCAAGUGGAUCAUCACCCAGAGGCAGGCGGAGGACGGGCACUUCUUGGAGGAGGGCCCCGUGAUCAUGGCGUCAAUGCAGGGUGGCUAUCAAGGCUCCGAGGCAGACGAAUCCCUCACAGCUCUUGUUCUGAUCUCUCUGAACGAGGGGAAGGAGUUAUGCAGCCAGGAGAUACCGAGUUUGAUUGACAGCAUGGAGAAUGCCCGUGGCUUCCUGGAGAGACGCCUCUCUGACAUUCAGACAACAUUUGCCGUAGCCAUAGUCUCCUAUGCUCUGGCCCUCACCAAGAGCCCUCGGGCCAAUGACCGCCUGGACAGCUUUGCCAGCCACAACAAAAACCACUGGCCAGUAAACACCAAAGACAAGCACUCGCUGUACACCAUUGAGGCCACGGCCUACGCGCUGAUGCAGAAGCUGGAGCUGGGUCGAUAUAAUGAGACACACGCCAUCGCCAAGUGGCUACUGCAGAAGCGAGAGCUGGGAGGAGGCUUCAAGUCCACCCAGACCACGGCGGUGGCCAUCGAGGCCCUCACCCGCUUCCGCGAAGCUGUCCCCUUAGAGGGUGUCCAGGAUCUACACGUCCAGGUCAGCGCCCCGAAGAGAGAGUUGAACGUAGAGUGGCUCAUCAAUCCGAAAAACGCUUACCAUCAGCGGUCAGCAAAGUUUUCUGCUCAAGACGACCUAGAGAUCAAAGCCAGUGGCAGUGGAAGAGGCACCAUCUCGAUCCUGACCAUAUACCACAGGCCCACAGAGUCCUGGGAGGGCAUCUGCAACAUGUAUCACCUGAAUGCUACUCUCCACAGUGCCCCGGAAGACAAUAAAAAGGGGGAAGAGACCUUCCAACUCCGGAUGGAAACAAGAUUCCAGGGUGACCGAGACGCCACAAUGACCAUCAUGGAGAUUUCCCUGCUCACUGGCUUCUACCCUAACCAGGAUGACCUCAAACAGCUCACAAGCGAGGUGGAGAUGUACGCUUUUCAAUACGAGACCAAGACGAGUUCCAGUGACAGCACUGUGGUCCUCUACCUGGAGAAGCUCUCCCACAAGGAAGACACGGUACUGGGCUUCCGGGUCCACAAGAUGCUGCAGGCGGAGUUCCUGCAGGCCGCCCAGGUCACGAUAUAUGACUACUAUGAGCCUUCCCGGAGGUGCAGCUCCUUCUACAACCUGCCCGCAGAGCGAUCUGACCUGCGGAAGAUCUGCCACAAAGACGUCUGCAGAUGUGCGGAGGAAUUGUGCCCCACCCCGAAGAAGGGCAGCAACCAGCUGAAGCAGGAGGAGCUCCAGGCCGUAGCCUGCGAGUCGGGCAUGGACUUCGUGUACAAGGCCAGGCUGGAGACCGUGGAAGCCUCUGCUUCCAGCCCCUACAUCUACUACCACAUGCAGCUCCAAGUCGUCAUCAAGAGCGGCACCGACUCUGUCACGCCGCUCACCAUGAAGAAAUUCGUCUCUCACGCCACCUGCCAUAACUCCCUGGACCUGCAAGAGCAGGAGACGUACCUCAUCAUGGGCCAGAUAUCGGACCUGUGGAAAGUCCAAUCUGAGUACACCUAUGUCUUGGGCAAGGAGACGUUCCUCAUGCAUUGGCCGGCGGAUGGGGACAUGGGAAAGAAGGAAUUGCGAGGCCAGCUGGAGGGAUUUUCAGAAUACCUGAGCACCCAUGGCUGCAAGUCCUGA